CCUCGAUAUGGCGACGGAAUGUCUGUCUGCGCCUGGUUGCGCCGUGUCGAGAAAUCCAGCUCCAUCGAAAUCAGCCCAGUUGCCUGCCGAGAGAAAAGCGUCCGUCGAGCGUUCUCCCUGCCCCCAUCCUUCCAUCCAUCUGCCCAUCUGCCCAUCCUAGUCAGCCCGUGUCACCUCCGGCCGAGAUCUCCCACUAGUAGAGCAUUCCAGACAAGCAAAAGCACCCAUCAUGACUGUCGAUAAGCCCAUUGAAACCCCCGUCCCCGAAGUCGAGGCUGCUGCCAAGGAAGCCGCCGUCGCUGCUGCUGCCGCUGCCGCUGCCGCCACCGCCGUGGCUGUCGAUGAGAAGCCCAAGGUCUUUGUCGGCAACCUGCCUUUCCAAAUCACUGCCGAGGAGCUGAAGGAGUUUUUUGGCAAGUCUGGAAAUGUCGUUGACGUGAGCAUCAUCACUCGUGGCACUCGUUCUCUGGGCUAUGGAUUCGUCUCGUUCGAGACCGAAGAGCAGGCCAAGGUCGCCGCCGAGGCUCUCAACCAGACCGAGCUCCAGGGCCGCCCCGUCAACGUCCAGGUUGCCCGCCCCCAGCAGCUCACUGGUGAGCCUCGCCCUGCUCGCUCUCGCAGUGGUCGCGGAAACGCUCGCAAGCGCUCUGGCCGCCGUCCCAACGCCCCCACGGUUGGCGACGAGUCGAACGAUGCCGAUGCCAAGGCCGAUGGCGAGACCAAGACCGAUGGUGACGCCGCCAAGGCAGCUGCCCCCGCCGAUGCUGCCGCUCCUGCCGAUGGCGCUGAGCGCACCCGCAGCACCCGCCGCCGCAACCGCAAGCCCAAGACCCCCAAGCCUGCUGCUGAGGGCGAAGAUGCUGCUCGUGUCGACGAUGACGCCGACGAGACCCCCAAGAACGCUGACGGCACGGGUGCUACCAAGAUCCGCAGCCACCGCAGCCCCCGCAAGACCCGCUUCCCCAAGAAGCGCACCCCCGCUCCUCUCGACGGCCCGGCCUCGCCCACGACCAUCUUUGUUGCCAACCUGCCCUUCAAGGUCACCGACAGCGAUCUGAAGGAGAUUUUCCAGGGCUACAAGGUCGUUUCGUCGCAUGUUGUCAAGCGACCCUCCGGCACCAGCCGUGGCUUUGGCUUCAUCGAGGUCGAGAGCGAGUCGGAGCAGCAGCGCAUCCUUUCGGAGCUCAAGAACGUUGUUGUCGACGGUCGCGAGCUGCUCAUCAAGGUUGCCCUCGCCCACCAGAUCCCCCCCGCUACCAAGACCGGUGAUGCCGAGGCCGAGCCUGCUGCUGCCGAUGCUGCCGCGGCCACCGCCACUGCCUAAGAGCACUCCUCACGCCAAAUGAUGAAGAAUAACGCAGUUCACCCCAGGCGUUCGAGACCAAGACCCGGGCCUGUCAUGUGGACUUGGACAGGCCUGCGUGCAAAUAACGCUUCUUUGGGAGGGAAGAAAGACGACUUGAUCUGCAGAGAGAGAAGAUGGUGAGGAGGACUUGCGGUGGGGGGGAUUUUGAUUGUUUGCGUGCUUUGCGGCGGUGGCUGGUGAGUGGGUUAGAUGAGCUGUUUGCGACAUGAAAAGGGACGCAGAGCCUCCGCUUCUCGGGUGGGGCGUAUCCUGACAGGGAUGGAUGCCCUGAACUCGGAAGGUGCGGAGCUCUCUGGCCCCGGACUGUUUUUCUCCGUUCUGUUUCGUUCUUUGGAUUCCUGAAGUAAUCUGUCAUCCAUCUGGCUAUUUGUUACUUUUUUUUGGCUCUUUUGGAUUUCCUCUGCGCCUCUCGUCAUUCUGUAAAUACAUUCGCUUUGUGCUCUCCCGAA